AUGCGCCCGUAUACACAGUAUGGCUCUCAGCAGCGUCAGCGAUCCUCGCAGCCUUCGAGCUCAGGCCGCUUGAGUCUUGCCUCAAACGCGCCCGUUCCAUCCUCGCGGCAGACGAAUACGUCUAGCAGAGCUGGUGGAAGAACGUCUGCGCCAAUACAACCCCUCUACAACUCGUCACAUCGUGCAGUUUCUCGCCAGGCCGAGCAUGCCAACGCCGCACAGAGCUCACGCGAAUGGACGAAACCUUCGACCAACUCUUACUAUCGCUCGUACGGAGGCUGGCCGAACUACAUGCACUCGCACGGUUUGAGGACUUGGGACUAUGGCGACGCGCAAGAGGGCAGAGCUAUCAGAGAGAGCUACCGUGAUGCAGAUCGAGCAGCUUGGGAGAUGGAACGACACCAGUCGUCAACGCCUCGUUCGGCCAGACGCUCAUCUGUGGACUCCAGGAGUACCUAUGGAAGGGAAUACCCAUCAACACAGAAUCAGCCAACCUACACUCCCUCGUCAGGAUACGACAACUAUGCUGGAUCUAGCUAUAACGGCCAUGAUUACCACUCCCAUGGGCCUACCUCGGCGGGGAGCUACGCCUCUAGAAGCGCAUCCAGCCCAACGUAUUACUCCGGAUAUGCCUAUGCACAAAGUACAGCGCCGUCUUCGAACUACUCUGCGUCUUCAACGGCCGGGAACACGUCAUGGAACUACCGUGACACCGCAAGGUACUCCUACGACUCGGACGACGAUUCGACCCCAGCAGCGUCCUCCGGCGGUGCCGCGGAUUCAUCUUCCCAUUCAUCCUCUCACGAUGCGGACGUCCAGGUCGCUUGCUCUGGCUUCGUGGAGGUCGUGUACGAGGAAGCCGGAAACGAUCCGGAUGGAGGUGCCUACCACGACAGCCCUGGGGAGUACGAAGACGUACUCGGGGUGACAGAAAAUGAUUGA